AUGACUAUGGAGGCUGAUCCAUUGGACACAUUUGUGACAAAAGUGAGUGCUGAGUCACUGGAUUACCAGACUCGUCACUCGCUUUUUUCUGAAUUAAGAGAUACCCUGGAAUCAUUUCACGGAUCCAGCGAGUACUCUAGGUUUUUAAGUAAGACUAUUGACAUUUUCUUUAAAGAACUUGAUACGGUUCCUAUUUCCUUUGUGUCCAAUUCACCUGAACAAAAGCUACGUUACCUGAUACUUGAGAUAUUACAUAGGCUUCCACUCAAUGAAACAUUGGAGCCAUACGCGGAAAGACUUCUUUUGAAACUAUCCAAGAUCAUCAGAGAGGACAAUGAGGAGAACGGAAUUCUCUGUCUGAAACUGAUAACAUCAUUGCACAAGGCAUAUAAAGCUAAGGUGGAAAAUCAUGUUCCAGACUUUGUUGACUUUUUGGAGGCCGUUUAUAAGGAAAUGCCCAAGGUUGUUGAGGAACAAUUUGGUUCUCUGAAGAAGGGAACAGACCAGGCGGCGAAGAAAAAUAAAACAAAAGAAGAAGCCAAUUCUAAAGUUGGUGCUGCUUCUGAAGAAACAACUGAGAAACUCACUGUAAAGAAGGAGGAAGAGCAGAUGGAAGCUAAAGCUGAUAAGGAAUCUGACAAUAAGGCUUCCGAAGAGAAGACCGAAGACAAGGAUAAUAAGGUGAAGAAGGAGGAAGAUGAAGUUUCUGGUGAUGAUGAAAAGCUGAAAGCAAAAACAGACACAGAUGCUAAAGCAGAUAACAGUACUGACGAAAAUGUAGAAGAAAAGCACUCAAAUGAGACAGAAAAGGAAGUGAAGAAGAAAACAGAAGAGGAUGCUACACAAGAUAAUGCCUUGGAGAGUAAAAAGGAAGAAGAUGGUGAUAUCACCAUGAAUGACACUGCAGAAGAGGAAAAAGAGGUAAAGAAUAAAGACGAAUCUGAAAAAGAGGAGGCUUCCGAAUCAACUUCAGCACCUAAAGGUCUGUCAACGGAUGUAAUCAUGACUUCAAGCACGGCAUCGUCAACAACACAUAACUCAGAAAAUCUUCCAAAUACCUUGUUUCCCGCUUUGAGAUCAUUCAAGAUGGCUGCGGAGUGUCCAAUCACACUCGUCUCUCUCUAUUCUUCGUACAAAAGCACCAUCGAGAGCAACAUUCCGGAAUUUGUUCCCUUGGUUAUUGGCAUGUUACGUUUACAGGCUGCAAAACAGAAGCAGGCUCACGAAGAUGCUGCUAAAAAGGGCAUAUAUUUAACACACGUUUCGUAUGACAUCAAGAACAGAUCCACAUACGGGGAUUUUGUGCUUGCACAGGUGAAAGCAGCAUCAUUUUUGGCGUAUGUUUUCAUUCGGAGAAGUGCAGUGGAGGCAAUGCAGCCUUUCCAGGAUGAAAUUCCUGAUUUAAUCAUUCGUCUUCUCCAGGACUGCCCAAGUGAAAUGUCCACUGCUAGAAGAGAAUUGUUGCAUGCCACUCGUCAUAUUCUCUCUACCGAUUACAGAAAGUUGUUUCUCCCUAAAAUCGACAUGCUAUUUGACGACAGAAUUCUUAUUGGAGAUGGCCUUACGGCACAUGAGACUUUGCGUCCACUCGCUUACUCCAUAGUAGCGGAUUUUAUUCAUGUUAAUGCGGACCUGAAUCCUAAACAGAUAUGGAAGAGUGUGGUAAAGUACUGCGGCUAUCUUCAGGAUACGACACUAGCUCCUACUGUGCACAUAAUGAGUGCCAAGCUUCUUCUUAACCUGCUAGGCAGGAUACUCAAGUUGGAGAGUAAAGGAGAUGCAAGGCAACUUUUCCUCAUUAUGGUGGACUCUUUUAGUAAACGAUUUGCUUCUCUGAACCGGAGUUAUGACAAUGUGAUGAAGGAGCAUAAGAAAUUUACAGAAAAGAAGGUUCUCAAGCUGACACAUAUCACAUCGAUGCAAAACGAAACGGCUGAAGUUACAAGCCACGAAACAAACUCUGCUAAGAGGAAGGCCGAUGAAGAAAGCGCCAAUGAGAAAGUCGUUACGAAAAAGGCCAAAACCGAUGCGGAUGAUAAUGAGAGUCAGAUUCAUGAGCAGGAGAGCAAAUUAAAAUCUGACGGUGGAACGUUAGAUGAACUUCCAAAAGAGGAGGCUAAAGAAGAUACAGAGACAUCAUUACCUAUUAUUGUUUCAACUCCACAUUCUCAGGACCCACUUGAUGGGGCAAGAUAUCUCUUCAGAACACUCAUGACGUUUUUGAAGUCUAUUUGUUACGGAUUCAAGAGUUGUAAUCCAGCCCCACCAAAAGGUUACGAGGCUCAGCAGUGGAAAGAGUGGGCCAGACUUACUUCGAAUGAGGAGCUUGAAAUUUUCAAGAGGCUAUUUAGAGAAUGCAUUCUUGGCCUGAGAUUUUUUCAGAGUUCGAAGAAAAUAGUGAUUACCAAGGCUAUGAAGCAGUCUUUCGACAUAACGGGACCAAAUCUUCCAAUAACUUCUUCCAAAGAGGAGAAAGAUCUGAUGGAGAUCCUUGCUACAAUAUUCAUAUAUCUAGAACCAUCGUCAUUCAAUGAAAUUGUGAAAUGCGAAAUGGAGAGAACGUUUGAAGCCACGCUAAAGAAUCCUGCGCUUUUGCAUAUUCCCCAGUUUUUCUUGGCGAAUGAAAUCACAACAUCAAACUACUCCGGAGUACUAAUAGCAUUCUCCAUUUCUAAGUUACAGGAACUUGGAGAAACGGAUAUUGUCAAAUCUAACAUACUUAUCAGACUGUUCAAGUUAUGUUUCAUGUCGGUGAAUCUGUUCCCAGCUGCAAAUGAGAGCGUUAUUCUUCCACAUCUUAACAACCUGAUUUUGAAAUGCCUGCACUUCUCAACUACUGCCAAAGAACCAAUCGUUUACUUCUACUUGAUACGCACACUAUUCCGCAGUAUUGGUGGUGGAAGGUUCGAGGCAUUGUACAAGGAGAUUCUUCCACUUUUACACGUGCUUCUUGAAUCCUUAAACAAACUUAUCGAUUGUGCUAGAAGAUCAUCAGAGAGAGAUAUAUACGUUGAACUUUGUCUGACGGUUCCAGUGAGACUUAGUGUUUUGGUCCCAUACCUUGGAUAUCUAAUGAGACCUUUAGUUUUUGCUUUGAACGGACCUCCUGAUCUUGUAUCUCAAGGUUUACGUACUCUGGAACUUUGUGUCGACAACCUCACUGCAGAAUACUUCGAUCCUAUAAUUGAGCCGGUUGUCGAAGAAGUGGCAAAGGCUUUAUGGAAACACUUGAAACCACUUCCUUAUUAUCAUCAGCACUCUCACACUACUCUGAGGAUAUUGGGUAAGCUCGGUGGACGAAACAGAGCCUUCAUGAAGAUUUUUGAUGAUUUGAAAGGUGAGACAGUCACCAACCAAGAAUUGGAAGUUAUGGUUCAAUUCAAUGGCUUGAAAGGUGAAUCAUCUAUGCCUAUUGCUGCCGCACUACCAACUGCUUUGAAAACUUUGAGAAGCGUGAGGUACAAACUGCAUUACAGAGAAAGCGCUUUUAAGUACCUUCUUUCGUUGCUUAAACUACUGAUUGGACCCUCUGAUACGGAAAUAAUUUCUAGCGGGGUGUAUGCCAAAUAUGUGCAGCAGAUUACAGAUUUUGUGAAUAGCGAUGCGAAAGAGCCUGUUGACCAAGCAAAGGUCCACUUGAAAGCAGACAAGCCGCAUGAUAUAGCGAAACAGGAGAAGCAGGAAAAGCUAUUGGUGAAGUUGAUCGAGGCUGUGUUCUAUGGAGCAUCUAUUGAAAGCUGUAAGGAGGAGGCAACAGCAUUUAUAGAGGGGUUGUGCCGGCAUACCGUUUUGCUUUACUUGGGAAGAUCGAUGGUGGAAUUCCACAAAUACAAUAGAGAGUUUUCUGUGGAAAACCACGAGGGUGACCGCCACUUGAACGAGAAUUCUAUGUUUGACGGUAUUUCGUACGCCUUGAGCUUUUAUAAUGAGGAUGUCAGGAAGCUUGGAGAAAGGGCCAUUCACAUUAUCUACGACACGUGUGCGGACCUAGCCGGUUCGAAAAGAGAUGCAAUCAAGUUUUUACCGAUUAGAAGAAUGUGCUCCAACUUCAUCCACAACUGUUAUGCUGAGAAGUAUUAUGAUAAGCUGGGCGGCUGCCUUGGAUUGGAAGUGAUGAUUUGUGGAUCCGCCAAUGCCAAAGAUAAGGAUGCAGAAGGACUGGGAAUUCCUCCUGCGUACUUUGCACUCAGGCAGCUUGAAAUUACCAGAGCGAUGUUUUUCGUUCUGCGUGACACUCCGGCGGAACUUCCUUCUGCUGUCUGCAGUGUUGCCAGACACGUUUUAUUGACUCUUUUCCGCCAAUGCAACGGAAAUGGGGCUGUUCCUAAAGAUGCAGUUUUCAAGCAACCAUUCCAGGCUGUGGUGAGUCAGAUCGUCUUUGAUUUAAGCAAUUCAAGUCCGGUUGUCCGGAAAACUGCACAACAGGCUCUUGGUGUUCUUUCAGAGGUUACAGGUGUUCCUAUUGCAAACAUGAUAUCUCCAAGCAAGGGAAUACUGCUGGCACCUAUAUUUGGAAAGCCCCUUAGGGCACUUCCUUUCCAUAUGCAGAUUGGAAACAUCGAUGCGAUCUCCUUCUGCUUGGGAUUAGAAGACACGUUCCUGGAAUUUAACGAUGAGUUGAACAGACUGCUAUCGGAAGCUCUGGCACUCGUUGAUGCUGAGGAUGAAUCACUUAUUAGUGCACACAGAGUGACUGAGUACCGAACUGCGGAGCAAUUAGUUACACUGAGAGUUGUUUGUAUCAAGCUUCUAUCUCUUGCAUUGGCCAGGCCAGAGUUCCUAACGGGCAACCCACAGGCUCGGAUUCACAUUCUUUCUGUUUUCUUCAAGGCACUCUGCUCCAAGUCGACGAAAGUUAUCGAUGCUGCUCACGCUGGUCUGAAGAGUGUUCUCUCACGCAAUUCGAAGCUGCCUAAGGAGCUUUUGCAAAGUGGACUACGCCCAAUGCUAAUGAAUCUCUCCGAUCAUAAGAAGCUUACUGUUGAAGGACUAGAGGCACUUGCACGUCUGUUGGAGCUUCUUAACACAUACUUCAAGGUUGAAAUUGGACGGAAACUAUUAGAUCAUCUGGUUGCUUGGGCUCAGCCACAGACUCUACGCCGUAUAGCAGCCACCUCGGAUCCAGAUGGCCACGAAAUUAUCAAAAUUAUUGUUGCCAUUUUGAAGAUAUUCCACCUUUUGCCUCCGCAGGCUUUCCAAUUCAUGAACGAGAUACUGAACACACUCAUCUACUUGGAAAGCACAUUGAGACGGUAUGGCGACUCCCCAUUCAGAGCACCACUUACUCUAUAUGUGGAAAGAUUCGCUAAGCAGGCAGUUGACUUCUUCCAGACAAGACUGGCUUCCCGGGCCUUUGGCUCAAGAUAUGCCUACUUUGUCUCUCUAAAGGAGUGUUCAAACUUGCGGAAGUUGACAGAGGAGAGGCUUGCAUUAUUUGUGAAGCUUGUCAAAGAUGAGAAAAACGGCGAGUUGAAAUGUGCUCGGUUUGCCAACCUCGUUGAUUUGGUGGAGGGAAUACAAAAAGGAGAACAAAAUUCAACUGCUGAGGUUGAGGCUUCUGCAUCUACCAAGAAUUCAGGAAUGCCUAACGUUUCUAGCGAGAAUAUUGCUGCUAAUACUGGUGCCAAAUCUAUCAUGAGCAACCCUUCACUGUUCAAUUCUUUGCUCAUGCUUCUUUCGGAGUGCAGGGUGUAUGUCAAAAUGGCUGCUCUGUCCUCACAGGUUCAUAUUCAAAUUGAUCAGGCGGGACUAAAACUACAAGAUGUGUACAUAAACUUCCUCAAGUCUGUUCAUGCGGGUGAGGAGAAUCCUGAAUUUAUUGCGCGCUUUGUGAAUUAUCUUUCGAGGAGUAAGGCUCCGAUGAACUUCAGCUUGGAGCAGUUCCUAAUUAGCGAGUCAAAUGGAACAAACAUCAAGGAUAAAGAGGCAUUAACCAAACUCCUAUGCUUUGUGGUCACCAGCCUUUUAAGCGAUAAGUAUACCUUGGAGACCAGGCUAUAUCUCGUGAAACGCAUGUUAAUUCCAGCUAUGAGUGUGUCGAACGCCAGACUUGACGCCGAAAAAAUAAUUUCCUGUCUCUACGAGAAUAUCUGGAAGAAUGGCGUAUUGAUCGCCUCGGCACAUGAAACUUGCAUUGUCGAUCAGUACAGGGUUGAACUUUUGCAAUUGACAACUGUGCUUUUGGUUCACUUUACUUCAGUCGUGGGGUCUCAAAAGAAGGCAAUAAUCAAAUUCUUUUGGAGCUUUAUGGGUUUAGAGGAUGCGAUUGCCAAGCAAGCCACUUACACAGCAACUAGUUACUUCAUAUCGAUAUUUGAUACACCUGCAAAAGUUGUGACACAGGUGUUUGUUGCUCUUUUGAAGGCAAAUCAGGCCGACGUGAGGUAUAUGGUGAAGCAGGCCUUGGAUAAUCUUGCACCUGUUUUAAGCAAGAGAAUCGGAUCAACUACAGGCUGGAUGAAGUGGCCAAGAAGAGUUCUUUCGGAGGAUGGCUUCAACGUUACUCAGGUACUCAACGUUCACCGAUUUAUCGUUAACCACGGAGAUCUCUUCUACAAAUCACGUGAUCAGUUCGUUCCCAACAUCAUUACGGCAAUGGGUAAGUUGACAGUACUGAAUAACAGCUCUGCGGAGAACCAGGAGCUGGCAAUAGACAUGGCGGAAAUGAUAUUACACUGGGAGGAAAAGAGCAAGCAGGAAGGACCAGAUGCUACCUCCUACCGGGUUCCGCUAUUUCAGAGAGAGACGUGUAUCACAUUCCUCAUCAGGUACGUGUGCAUAUGUCAGCAGAAGGCAUCAGAAAACAUCCUGGGCCAACGUGCGUUGAAUGUGCUUCAUGUUCUUUUAUCUCCGGACUAUUGGCCGGAGGUUACAGUGAAGCUGACGUUCUUUGAACGGUUCCUUAUCACUGCAGACUUUAGUGCAAGCAACGUGUUGGGAUACUGCCUCAAUGCAUUAGAGGUGCUGUACGUGGCAUUGGAGUGGAAGACGUCCUCGUGGAUCAUGUCCAAUUUGGCGUAUCUCCAGAAACUACUGGAGAAAUGCAUCAAGUCAGACAACCACGAUGUUCAGGAGUCGCUCCAGAAGGUGGUUGCACUUAUUUUCAAGGCAAUACGCGAGGAAGAGUUGGGCGUGAAGGAGGGUGAAGACGUUUCAGUAGAGAAGAAUGCAACGGACACCAGUGCAAACAUGCUUUCGGAGAAACUGGACGAGACGCCAAGAGAGGAAGAAUCGUCAGACAUGUCUUCACCUUUGAAAGAUGAGAAUGAGGAGGAUCCGGCAGCUGCUGAAGCCCGAAUCGGCACGGUUCCGGACGCGAAGGCGUUUGUAGGAUUCGUGAUAAAGGCGAUUGCAGAUGAUUUGAACAGCAUUAACUCGUUUGCAGCGGGUAUAACGUUGGCCUGGACGGCAUCUAGAUACGAUCCGGCUGCAUUGGACCCUCUAAUGGCACCAUUAAUGCGUGCUUUGAGCAAGUUAGUGAAGGACCAUCUUACGCUGGGCACAGGCUCUGGCCUGGUCGCAGUUCAGGCAGCUGCAAGCAAUGCAAAGAGUGAGGCAGCCGGGAACAAAAACGGUGCGGCAACUGCACCGGCAACAUCGCCAACGAAGAAUGAUGCUGGAUCGGGAAACACGCAACAGGCAGGCAGUAAGUCGGUAAAUAUAAACGAUCGAAAAGCAUCAGGGUCCCCAACAGGAGGAGCAGCCGGACUAGUGGUGACCAGGAGUAGAGCAUCGUCGUACGAGGCGAAGAUGACGACAUCGUUGGUUCAGAAGGCGGUGAAGCUGGCUGCGAUGAGAGUGAGCACGUUGGGAGACCAGAGGAGGAUCUUCUUGUCGCUUUUGGUGCAGCUCAUCGAGAGAUCGCAGGCGGCAGAGGUGUUGAGGCUGAUCAUGAGCAUUGUGCGUGACUGGGUGUUUGCGGACCGGGAAGAAGGCGGUGCGGGAGAAGAAGACAAGCAUGAAACGAGGAUGACGAGCAGCGAGAAGGCUAAGAUUGAUGGUGCACACAGUGCUCACAAUAGUGCUCACAACAGAGAUGAGACAGCACACAUGGACUCGAAGCUGAGUGGGUACCCGACGGUGAAGGAGAAGGCGGGCCUCUUGAUCAAGAUGAUGGCUUUUGAGCAAAAGGGGGACAACGAGCUAGUUGCGAGGUACUACAGCAUGAUCGCAGAGAUCUUCGAGGACCCCAGACUGGCGUACGGGGAGCUCACGUACAGAUUGGAGAGGCCGUUUCUAUGUGGGACGAAGACGUCGUCGGUUGCAGCGAGGAGGAGGCUCAUGAGGAUUUUGGACAAGUCGUUGGACACGGAUGCGAUUUCGCGGUUGCUGUACGUGGUCCGGGACCAGGACUGGGAGUGUCUUGCGGACUAUCCGUGGUUGAACCAGGGCUGCCAGAUAUUGCUUGGGGCGAUCGAUAAGGAGCGGCCGUUGGUGUUGAGUGGGCAGGAGAACAGGCAGGCUGCGUUGAGCGGGAUCCGGGAGGGGUGGCCCGUUGAGAAAAUGCAGCAGACGGUUGUCUCUGAGGUGGUGAGGCGGACCGUUGAGCUGGAGAGGCAGUUUGCAGAGGGCCAGUUGAGGCUAAGCACGGGCGAGGUGGUGCGUUGUGCGGAGGACUUGAUGUACCAGAGCCCCGAGACCAUACAGAGAGCGUGGUGCACGUGCUUCCGGAUGAUCUGCCACGGGAUGAGCAGCCGGCAGAGGGGGGAGCUCACGCGAUCGCUGGUGGCUUUGCUCUCGCGGGAGUACCACUCGCGGCAGAGAGACGCCCGGCCGAACGUGGUGGCGACGAUUCUGGCCGGCUGUGGGGGCUGCGACCCGCCGCUGCAGCUCCCGGCCCACUUCGUGAAGUACCUGGCACAGAACUACUGUGCGUGGUACAGCGGGAUCAGGCUGUUGGAGCAGGCGGCCGACCACCCAACGACGGACAAUCCAACGAUCAGUGCAUCCAACAGCGACGCACUCUUGGAGCUGUACGCGUCGUUGCGUGAGGACGACGUGUUCUACGGGCUGUGGAGGAGAAGAGCCAAGUACCGGGAGACGAACGCUGCCCUCUCGUACGAGCAGCUGGGUGACUGGCCCAAGGCCCAGAAGCUGUACGAGUUGGCCCAGGUGAGGGCCCGGAGUGGGGCUCUCCCGUUCUCGCAGUCCGAGUACUCGCUCUGGGAGGACGGCUGGGUGCUGUGUGCCCAGAAGUUGCAGCAGUGGGACGUGCUCACAGAGCUCGCGAAGCACGAGGGGUUCACGGACCUGCUGUUGGAGUGUGGGUGGCGUGUUGCCGACUGGAUGGCGGACCGCGAGCCGCUGGCUGCGAGCGUGCGGGCGGUCAUGGACAUUCCUACGCCACGGCGGGCGAUGUUCCGGGCGUUUUUGUGCCUCCAGGGUUACGCGGAGGGCCGUGAAAGCGUGCAGGAGGUCACUCGGAGCUGUGAUGAGGGCAUCCAGGAGGCGUUGGCCCGGUGGCACUCGCUCCCGGCCCGCGUCACCGGCGGACACGUGGCCCUGCUACACCAGUUUCAGCAAUACGUGGAGUUCGUCGAGGCCAGCCAGGUGUACCGCAGUCUCGCGGCGACCACCACGGACAACUUGGAUGUGAAGUCGCAGGAGCUCAAGCGGGUGCUCCAGGCCUGGAGAGAGAGGCUCCCGAACACAUGGGACGACAUUUCCGUGUGGGACGACGUGGCCACGUGGAGGCAGCACGCGUUCAGCGUCAUCAACAAGGUGUACAUGCCGUUGGUGCAGUCCACGAGCCCGCCCGUGCACUCGUACGCGUUCCGGGGCUACCACGAGAUCGCCUGGAUCGUCAACCGGUUCGCCCACGUCUCGCGAAAGCACCACAUGCCCGAGGUGUGCCUCAGGCAGCUCACCAAGAUCUACACUCUCCCCAACAUCGAGAUCCAGGAGGCCUUCUUGAAGCUCCGCGAGCAGGCCAAGUGCCACUACGAGAACCCCAGGGAGCUCCGGACCGGCUUGGACGUCAUCUCCAACACCAAUCUGGUGUACUUUGCCGCCCAGCAGAAGGCCGAGUUCAUCACCCUGAAGGGCAUGUUCCUGGCCAAGCUUGCCGCGCCCGAUGACGCCAACCAGGCCUUUGCCACUGCCGUCCAGCUCGACUUGAACUUGCCCAAGGCCUGGGCCCAGUGGGGGUUCUUCAAUGACCAGAGGCAGCAGGCCACACACAACAUCGCCUACGCCAGGCAUGCCAUCUCCUGCUACUUGCAGGCCGCCGGACUGUACAAGAACAAUAAGGCCAGGAGGUUGCUCUGCCGCAUUCUCGUCCUCCUUGCCAUGGAUGACGCCCAGGGCACCUUGGUUUCCACCUUCGAGUCCCACCAGGGCGACAUGCCAAUCUGGCACCUCUCUCACCGCGAGGCCAGGGCUGCCAGACACGUUCUUGUCCGCAUAGCCAAGUCAUAUCCACAGGCUUUGCACUUCCAGCUCCGCACCACCAAGGAGGACUAUGCCUUGCUGGGACAGAUGAGGGGUGCUGCCUCCGAUUCAGAUGGUGCAAAGGCUGAUGGUUCCAAGGACAAAGGUUCCGAGAAAGCAGACACAGAGAAGAAGGCGGCAGAAGCAAAAACAGAAGCAAAAACAUCAACAAAAUCACCAUCUGCACCACCUGCCGCUGCACCUGCUGCUGCAACUAAAGCACCUCCUACAGCUGCACCUACACCUGCUGCUACCAAAGCCUCGCCUUGGGCCAUGAUUGAUGAAAUUAUGGCCAUUCUCAAGACCGCGUAUCCGUUGCUUGCCCUCUCUCUGGAAUCACUGGUCGACCAGAUCUCUCAACGCUUCAAAUCGACCCACGACGGCGACGCUUACAGGCUCGUGGUCGCGCUUUACAACGAUGCCGUCCAGUACUACAACCGUCUUCCGAACCCAUCCCAGGAUGCAAGGCUCCCGGCUGCAACCGAGGCCAACAUCCUUCGCUUUGCCGACACAGUGCUACCAAAGCACAUCAGAAAGGCCUUCGAGGAGGAUAUCAUCUUGAGCAAGCCAAACCUCGAGACCUACAUCUCGAAGCUCAACCGCUGGAAAAAGGCAUUGGAGGAGAAGCUGGAUCGUACCUGUGGUCCCGUCAAUCUGGAGCGUGUCUGUCCGCAUCUAAGUCAGUUCCACCACCAGAAAUUCGAGGAGAUCGAGGUCCCUGGCCAGUACUUGCUCAACAGGGAUAACAACGCACACUUCGUGAAGAUCGAGCGGUUCAUGCCCGUUUUGGACCUGAUUAGAGGCCCAACUGCGUGCUACAAGAGGCUCACAAUAAGAGGACAGGAUGGAAGUCUGCAUCCGUUCGCUGUUCAGUUCCCAGCUGCACGCCAUUGCAGACGUGAAGAGAGGAUUUUCCAGAUGUUCAGACUUCUCAAUGACGAGUUGUCGCGGACUGUCGAGACCCGCCGUAGAAGUAUUGACUUCACUCUCCCCUUGGCAGUGCCUCUAUCGCCUCACAUAAGGCUCAUUUCGGAUGAUCCUUCCUACGUUGACAUGUCCUACAUAUACGAGGACUACUGCCGGAGAAAGGGACAGAGUACCGAGGAGCCCUUGGCCUACACCAUGGAGAAGAUGCAUGCCUCCUACGAUCCAAAACUCCCUCGCCCUGAUAUACUCAGCGUGAAAACAGAGAUAUUGGCCGCAAUACAGGCUCUGCUUGUUCCAAACUCAGUCAUGAAGACGUACUUCUUGAGGCACUACCCUAAGUUUGAGGACUUUUGGAUCUUCCGCAAGCAGUUCUCCUCUCAGUACGCCGCAUUCAUCUUUGUCACCUACAUGCUCUGCAUCAAUUCGCGUCAGCCUUACAAGAUCCACAUCAACCAGAAUUCUGGACGCGUGUGGACCUCAGAGAUGCUUCCUUACAAGGUUGCCUGCGGAAGAACCCACACAAACGUGUUCUCCGGAAGUAAGACUCUUGAUUUGGCUCAGCAAAGAGCCGCUCCUAUCUUCUGUUCUCUCGAGUUGGUUCCUUUCAGGCUCACUCCAAAUGUUCAGAAGCUUAUUGGUGAGGUCAGAAUGGAGGGAAUCCUGUCAAUGCACCUUAUGGUCAUUGCCAAGUGCCUCUCGAACCCCGCCUAUAACAUUAGCCACUUUUUGGACUUGUUCAUUCGUGAUGAGGCCAUUGCCUGGUAUACUCAAAGACGGAAAAGGUCCUCUUUACCUGACGAGCAACUACAAGAGAUUGUCCGCGUUAAUGUUGACUAUAUCAUACGUCGUAUUUCUCAGAUGGCUCGUGUAGAUGGCACCGGUCAUGGUAUCGCCUCUCAGUACAUCCUCAACUUGAUUGGCCAUGCGGUCAAUCCAAGAAAUCUUGCCAGUACCGACACUCUUUGGAUGGCAUACUUCUAG